AUGGCCGAGUGCCCGUCGCCUGCUACCAUACCAUAUCCAAUAGACCAGAGAGACAAGGAGAGCCCUGUCCAAGGCGUGGAAAGGACUAGGAGGAGGAUGGAAGACGCUUCUUCCGCGGCAAAGCGUUGCCGUUUGAUGAUGGAUGCUGUCAACGCCGAGGAAGAGAAGACGGAUGACGAUGGAUCUAUGAAGAGAACCGUGUCAUCCAAGAAACCAUGUCUGCAAGGACAGCAGAUGAAAGCCAAGGAUGGAGAGACGGGUGCCCAGGAAGAGAAUCUCGCUGCGGAAGAGAAAGAGAACUCCUGCUCUCGUCAGGGUGGUUGCAUGACAACGGCGCCACCCUCAUCCACGAAAACCAAUGUGGACCCAGCCAUGGAAGAAAUCUUGGUCCAGUUACUCCAACGCGAACGAGAUUUGCGCGUGUCGCCGGCAUCUCAAAAAGAAAUGGAACUGGCUGAGAAAUGGGCCCAUUCUGAAUGGAUGGAUGUGGCCACCAAAAUCCAACACCAAGUGGUUCGGCAACACAAUAAUUCUGCUGUUGGUGGCUCAAAGAAGGUGACGGUUCACGAGCUUCGUUUGGCCGCCCUUCGGCACCCGGAAAUAGCCUUUUGGGUCAAGUACAAUCGGGCACGACAAGGGACGCUCCGCGUGGGAGAUGUCGCUCCCAACAUUUCGCUGCGACGAGCCCACGACAAUUCGGCCACGACACUCUUCGAUGCCGGCAAUCAUCAGCGCACUGUCAUUGUCGCUGGCUCGUGGUCGUGA